CAAUCAAUUUUUAAACGCAGAGUAAAAUUCGAUCAAGUCAAGCUCUCGUCACCUUUUUUUAAAGAAAAAAGUUGAUUGAGGUGAUGGGUUGGGGACAAAGGAGUAUGGCUUCAUUAUUCUUUUUUGGACACAAAGUAGAAUUUGUUCACGUUAUAAGGAAAAGGGGGCUAAUUUUCAGAUUUGGCCCAUCCCUCUCUCUCCCCUAAACCCUAAACAUUUUCUCCCUUUCCCCCCACAAACCGCCGCCAGCCCUCUUCCCCGCCACUUCUCUCCCCACUUCGCCUCCCUUUCUCUCAAACAGCCGCCCAUCUCCACGUCCUUAUUUCUCCAAUCCAACAGCUGCCCAUCUCCACCAAUUCACACACCCCACAUCUUCCAUUUUUCCAUCUCCCACCGACCAGCCUCCUUUUGGUAGUACUUCUGAAAUAUCCCCCAAAGAAAUAAUAAAUAAAUAAAAGUUGUUGCCAUUGAUGUAGUGUUGAUAACAACAAUAACAGUUGUAAUAACCCCCCUGUUCCAUUUCACGUGGCCACUAAAUGGCUAUGCAAAAGAUGCUGUCUUUCUAAGGAGCAGUGAUGAUAUUGCUAUAAAGAUUCCAUUUUUUUUUUCAAAAGGGCAGUGAUGACAUUGCUAUUUCUGGGCUGAUUAAUAAAUAAUUCUGUUACUUUUUGAGAUCUGGUUUGAUCACUGUUUAUUCUAUUUUUCUUCAUCUCUUAUGUUUGAGCCUUAUUAGGCUUUUGGGUUUUCAAUAUUUUGGUGGAUCAAAUGAUAGAUGCAUCAGCUUUCAUAUAAAUCUGCUCCAUUUUUUUUAUUUUUUAUUUUUUUAUCUUUUCUCUGCCAAUUUCAGAAUUUUUGAUCGUUUGAAGUUUAAUUACAGAAAAAAAAAAACAAGUUUUUAUUGGUGGGGUUCUUUGGAAUCUGCAAUAUCACAAGGCUUUUUGAGGAUUAAGCUAGAAAUUCCAUCAAGUAUUGGCACAAAAAUUUGAGCACAGCUAUUCUGAUUAUAGAUUGUUUGAGCAAUUCAAUUGCAAAUCAAGAUAUAUGAUGAUUUGUCGUCUUUCCAAUGUUCGUAGCCCACGUGGCCGAUGAAGAAAUUUCCGUCGAUUUCCAAGGCCUUCCGUGUACAAAGACGAAUUUUUAUUUUAAGUUUAUUCAUUGUUUUUUUUAAUUCAUCCGAUAAUUAUUUAUUCUCUUACUAACAUUUUAUUAAGUCUCAUACAGGUAUCUGGAGUUACUUUUUGAAGAUGACACUCAAAAGAAGUUCAAAUAGCUUCUUAAAUUCUUUAUUUAUAUAUUUUUUUUUACAUUCUUAAAUUAUGCAAGCAUAAAAUAUAGUGAAACUUUACUUUUUAGGGUGCAGGUUGGUGGUAUUUAUUUAUGAUCUGCUUAGGUGAUUUAAAUUUUAUGUGUUUUAGACAAAUUAAUAUUAGGCAGUUAUUAUUUUUCGUAGCUAAUAUUCUUAUAGUUAUCAUGUUUUGCUAGAGUUUUAAUUCAAUAGCUUAGCACACUUAAGUAAAUAAAUAGGGUGAUUUGCCUCAAUAUUUAGGCUUUAGAAUAUAUUCUCAUAAUUAAUUGAUUAGGCGUACAUACUUAGGCUAGUUAAAUUAGUUAACUUACCUUGAGUAAUUUCAUGUUCAUUCCUUAUACUCUUUUCACAUACCUAAACUUCUAAGUUGCACAUAACUUUUUUUUUUUAAAAUAAUUAUUAUAUCACAUAUGUAUAAAAUACGUAUUGCAUGAUUAUUUAUGUGAAUAGUCAUAUUAGUUAUUCUUUAGUCUAAAUUUUAUUAAUUUUUGUAAAUAAUAAUCAAGCUUUUUUACACAUCCCUCGUAUAGUUAAAUUGGUCCAGCCGGGAACCACAUUUGUGGAUUCUGAAGGAUGCCUAACACCUUCCCUUCGGAAUAAUUUGAACUCUUACCUAGAAUCUCACUUAUUUUCGUAGACCAUGUUAAGCUGCAUAUAUUAAUAAUUUAUAGGUACCCUAGUAUACCUUAAAUGCUAGGUGGCGACUCUGUACAUAAUUAAUUAUUUCAGAGCUCCAUAAGUUGUGCUUUGUUUAGCCUUGGUAAAAAUAGGGUGCAACAACAUGGCGACUCUGCUCGGGACACAUAGGUUCUAACCAUAUGGACUCAAUUUGUUAUUCGAGCCCGACAGUUCAGAGAAAAUCGGAGCAAUCAAUUUUUAAACGCAGAGUAAAAUUCGAUCAAGUCAAGCUCUCAUCACCUUUUUUUAAAGAAAAAAGCUGAUUGAGGUGAUGGGUUGGGGACAAAGGAGUAUGGCUUCAUUAUUCUUUUUUGGACACAAAGUAGAAUUUGUUCACGUUAUAAGGAAAAGGGGGCUAAUUUUCAGAUUUGGCCCAUCCCUCUCUCUCCCCUAAACCCUAAACAUCUUCUCCCUUUCCCCCCACAAACCGCCGCCAGCCCUCUUCCCCGCCACUUCUCUCCCCACUUCGCCUCCCUUUCUCUCAAACAGCCGCCCAUCUCCACCUCCUUAUUUCUCCAACCCAACAGCUGCCCAUCUCCACCAAUUCACACACCCCACAUCUUCCAUUUUUCCAUCUCCCACCGACCAGCCUCCUUUUGAUAGUACUUCUGAAAUAUCCCCCAAAGAAAUAAUAAAUAAAUAAAAGUUGUUGCCAUUGAUGUAGUGUUGAUAACAACAAUAACAGUUGUAAUAAUCCCUCUGUUCCAUUUCACGUGGCCACUAAAUGGCUAUGCAAAAGAUGUUGUCUUUCUAAGGAGCAAUGAUGAUAUUGCUAUAAAGAUUCCAUUUUUUUUUUCAAAAGGGCAGUGAUGACAUUGCUAUUUCUGGGCUGAUUAAUAAAUAAUUCUGUUACUUUUUGAGAUCUAGUUUGAUCACUGUUUAUUCUAUUUUUCUUCAUCUCUUAUGUUUGAGCCUUAUUUGGCUUUUGGGUUUUCAAUAUUUUGGUGGAUCAAAUGAUAGAUGCAUCAGCUUUCAUAUAAAUUUGCUCCGUUUUUUUUUUUUUUUUUUUUUUUAUCUUUUCUCUGCCAAUUUCAGAAUUUUUGAUCGUUUGAAGUUUAAUUACAGAAAAAAAAAACAAGUUUUUAUUGGUGGGGUUCUUUGGAAUCUGCAAUAUCACAAGGCUUUUUUAGGAUUAAGCUAGAAAUUCCAUCAAGUAUUGGCACAAAAAUUUGAGCACAGCUAUUCUGAUUAUAGAUUGUUUGAGCAAUUCAAUUGCAAAUCAAGAUAUAUGAUGAUUUGUCGCCUUUCCAAUGUUCGUAGCCCACGUGGCCGAUGAAGAAAUUUCCGUCGAUUUCCAAGGCCUUCCGUGUACAAAGACGGAUUUUUAUUUUAAGUUUAUUCAUUGUUUUUUUUUUAAUUCAUCCGAUAAUUAUUUAUUCUCUUACUAACAUUUUAUUAAGUCUCAUACAGGUAUCUGGAGUUACUUUUUGAAGAUGACACUCAAAAGAAGUUCAAAUAGCUUCUUAAAUUCUUUAUUUAUAUAUAUUUUUUACAUUCUUAAAUUAUGCAAGCAUAAAAUAUAGUGAAACUUUACUUUUUAGGGUGCAAGUUGGUGGUAUUUAUUUAUGAUCUGCUUAGGUGAUUUAAAUUUUAUGUGUUUUAGACAAAUUAAUAUUAGGCAGUUAUUAUUUUUCGUAGCUAAUAUUCUUAUAGUUAUCAUGUUUUGCUAGAGUUUUAAUUCAAUAGCUUAGCACACUUAAGUAAAUAAAUAGGGUGAUUUGCCUCAAUAUUUAGGCUUUAGAAUAUACUCUCAUAAUUAAUUGAUUAGGCGUACAUACUUAGGCUAGUUAAAUUAGUUAACUUACCUUGAGUAAUUUCAUGUUCAUUCCUUAUACUCUUUUCACAUACCUAAACUUCUAAGUUGCACAUAACUUUUUUUUUUAAAAUAAUUAUUAUAUCACAUAUGUAUAAAAUACGUAUUGCAUGAUUAUUUAUGUGAAUAGUCAUAUUAGUUAUUCUUUAGUCUAAAUUUUAUUAAUUUUUGUAAAUAAUAAUCAAGCCUUUUUACACAUCCCUCGUAUAGUUAAAUUGGUCCAGCCGGGAACCACAUUUGUGGAUUCUGAAGGAUGUCUAACACCUUCCCUUCGGAAUAAUUUGAACCCUUACCUAGAAUCUCACUUAUUUUCGUAGACCAUGUUAAGCUGCAUAUAUUAAUAAUUUAUAGGUACCCUAGUAUACCUUAAAUGCUAGGUGGCGACUCUGUACAUAAUUAAUUAUUUCAGAGCUCCAUAAGUUGUGCUUUGUUUAGCCUUGGUAAAAAUAGGGUGCAACACCGGAAACAGUCUCUCUACCUACCAAAGUAGGGUAAUGGUCUGUGCACAUUCUACGUACCCAAUUCAGACCCCACUUACAUGAUUACGUAUGAGAUUACACUGGGUAUGUUGUUGUUGUUGGAGUACAUAUUCUGGUUUAUAAUAUGAGGCGUGGCAUAGUUCUUUGGCUCUUUGGCCAAGAAUUUCUCUUUUUGGCUUCUUUCUAUUCCCUUUCUUCAUUCAGUCAAUUCAAUCUUUUUUCUCCCCCUUUUUUUUGCUUCCCCUCUAUUUUUUUCUCUCAUUUAUUUUAAGUAUAGUUAACUUAGUUAUUGCUAUUCCAAUCUUUCGUAUUCAUUAUCGUAAAUAACACAAGUGUCAAUGUUUAUUACCCCAACCUAUCCAAUACCUUAUGUGCUUUACUUAGGAUUUUUACUAAGGAGUAGUAUAUAUACAUAAAAAAGUUCUUUUUUCAUAUUUACAUAGUGUAAUUUUUCGGCGAAGAGCCCUUAAAUGCAUGUGGCUCCGCCACUGGAUCCCUACCCCAUCAAUUUAUUCGGAGGUACGUUGUUUACAUGCCCACUCAUUUCCUAGAUAAGCUUAUUGUUUAUUUCUUGGGCAAGCUGAUGAAACCAUUUUCAUUGAUAUAGUCAGUCCUGUCUUCUUAUAAUCAAGUUGUUAUAAUAUCAGGGGUGAUGUUUCAUUCUUUUAGAAAAUGGCUACGCUUUCAUAUUCUUUCCACUGUUUUGCUCUUUAUGCAUAGUUAAUCUUGAAUUAAAUUCUUCGAGUGAAUUCCUUGCUGAAUAAUGUUUUUUUUUUUUUUGUGUGUGUGCUCGCUCGCUUUCCCCCCUCUAAUUUUUCCAUUAAUUAAUGUAUUUUUGCAGAGCUUAGAUGUGGAUUUUGGAAAGACCAUAGUGCCUAUUAAUGUCUAUGCUGCUUUAUUUUUUUUUACAAAUAUGUCCUAUGUAUUGUAAAUAGAGUUUGUUGAUUAAAUCAUUUGAUUAGCCAAAAAAGUGAUUAUUUGCAAGUUUUCAAUUAUUUUUACUUUGUCGAUGAACUAUAAAAAUGGAUAUAGCUAUUUGGAUUGUGAUUUUUAUGGGUGUAUAUUUUCCUAUAUAUAUUUGUUUUUCCAUUUGUAUAUCUCCUUAUGAGCCUGUUUGGAUAGGCUUAUACCUAUAAGUUGUUUGCAGCUUAUAAGCUAAAAAAAUAAGUUGGAUAGUCUAACUUAUUUUUUUUUGCUUGUAAGCUGUUUUCAGUUUAUAAGCUGCUUUAGAUAAGCUAAGUCAAAUGAGCCCAAUUAUUUUUUUGAGCUUAUUUUAAGCACAAAAUGACUUUAAGCUGGCCAGUCAAACACUCAAAAAAGCUGAAAACAGCUUAUAAGUAACUUAUAAGCAACUUAUAAGUCAAUCCAAACGGGCUCUAGUCAACAUGAAUUUGUAGACAGUGGUGGCAGAAAAAGACUUCAGGUGAGUCUUGGAUAGAAUAUUUCAAAUAAUAAUAAAACAAUCUGGUUCGACUUACGACUCAUUCUCUCUUUGUUAGGAAUCUGUUAUAACUCGUGGACUGGUGCUCCCCAGAGAUAAUACUUAUUUUAUAACUGUAUAAGGUAAAAAUCGGAUAUAUGUUAGACCGGUGAGAUCGGUGAGGGAAAAGAUCAACACGGGUAUGGAGAUUUACUUUCUGGAUCGGAGGAGUGCUUGAACCGAGGAAAGGGGAGAACAUUGAUUGGUCCGACUUUCCCAUAGCCGGGUUGAUCACGGUCGUUCCUCCGUUUGAUCGUGGCCGUUAGUCCGUUUGAUCGUGAUCGUUGGUCCGGUAAGGUCCGUUGCGCGAUUGCCACGCGUCGAUAACGUCCUGCCAUGUUCAACUGUCAGCCGUACGGGUGUCAGACCGUACGGCCAACCUAACCCAACCUAAUCCAUUUCAAAGUUUUUUCUUUAUUUUUUAGUUUUCUCAUGUUGUAUGAAGCCCAUGGGGCAAUGCUAUAAAUGGGGCUCAUUGCUCUACUUUUGGGGGGUUGACUCAUUCAUAUCAAGAACAUUUUGUGCUAGAAAAUAUAUACAAAUCUCUCUCUAUAACGUAUUUUGAUUCGAAUUCGUGGUGUUCACCCUUAACUUGUAUGAUUAAGUGAUGCUCGUAUAUUAGUAGACAUAUCAGUCUAUAGCUAAUCUCCGAUCCUUAUUGCUUUCUUCAUAUCAUAUCCAUAUAUAUAUAACUUUGUUCCACCAAAUAGAUUGAGACUUGACCAUAUAUCCUAUACCCUCUCACAAAUUUAAUUGAUUAUCCAAAUUCGGGAUAAACAGCUUGGCGCCCAUCGUGGGGCUAGGAUAAUAGUGGUCUUUGAUCUUGAUCUCUAUCUUACCCGUCAAAUUCAAAAAUAUCUUCUGUUCGUCUCUGAAAAAACGGACCAAAUGGCUGACAGUGGACAAUCUGGUCACGUCAACAACAACGAGAUUGUGGCAGAAAAUGAAGGCAGCGGGCUACGAGGAUUACCAAACCCCACUGACCCGAACCCCGUUAAUUCAAGGGAGGGCCUCAACCGGCAAAACACCGUGGACCAGGAGAACACCGCCCAACCGGCCACUGAUCCUCUAAAUACUCACAAUUCUAUUACUUUGUCCCGGACACAGGGCCGGAAAGAACCGGAUACACCUAAUGACAAUAUUGACUUACGUCUUAUUUUUGAAAUGUUGCAGGAACAGAGAGCAGCGAUUGCCGAACAAGGAAUUGCAAUUGCCCAGUUGCAAACCAGAAGGGACACAACGACCCCAGAGAAGACGAGCGGUGUUGCUGAACCCAGAAGGGAUGAGGCACGGGUUGUUGAGAGCAAUGGAUCCGGAGCUGGUUCCUCCACCGAGGUUCUAAAAAUGCUCGAAACUUUGGCAAAGCGGGUAGACUCGACCGAAAAGAGGGUCGAAACGUACAACUCUCGGGUGGAUCAAAUCCCGGGGGCCCCGCCUUUGCUGAAAGGGUCGGACUCGAAAAGGUACAUCCAAAGGCCUUUUCCUCCGAGUGCGGCUCCGAAAUUGAUUCCGAAGAGGUUCAAAAUGCCGGAUAUCCAGAAAUAUGAUGGCACAACGGAUCCACACGAACACGUGACCUCAUACACCUGCGCUAUAAAAGGCAAUGACAUGGAGGAAGACGAAAUUGAAUCGGUAUUGCUGAAAAAGUUCGGGGAAACUCUGUCAAAAGGAGCAUUGACGUGGUACAACCAUUUGCCCGAGCAUUCGAUCACUUCUUUCGAAAUGCUAGUCAAUGCCUUCAUAAAAGCUCACGCCGGCGCCAAGAAGGUGCAGGCCCGUAAGGCGGAUAUUUUCCGUAUUGCCCAGAGAGACGAUGAAUUACUGCGUGAGUUUGUCAACCGAUUCCAAAGGGAACGGAUGGAGCUCCCCCCGAUUCCGGAGGAAUGGGCUGCCCAAGCUUUCACAAAGGGGCUCAAUGUUCGGAGCUCAACGGCUUCGUUCAAAUUAAAGGAAAGCUUGCUGGAGUACGAGGCUGUGACAUGGGCUGAUGUCCAUAACCUAUAUGAGUCGAAGAUUCGGGUGGAGGAUGACCAACUCGAGCUUCCCCCGGGGCCAAUAAAUAUGAACAAAAGUUUUGAGAGACCAAGGAAAAAUUAUGAACCGGAGGACAGAUCGUCGAAGGAAAGGUAUCAGCCAUAUUCUCAUUCGGAGAAACCAAGUUUUAGGUCCGAGAAAUCCAGGGUUGGCCCGAGCCAUUUCUCUAGUCGGGGUGAUAAACGGGUCGAGCGCCCUUCGAACAGUCGGGGUCUCUCAUUCAGGAGCGAUGCCGGAAGCUCUGCCGGCAACAAGGAUUUGCCUAAAAUAUCAGAGUACGACUUCAACGUCAGCACCUCGGGCCUCGUCUCUACUAUUGGCCGUAUAUCGGAUGUAAGAUGGCCAAGACCUCUAAGGUCGGAUCCGGGCCAACGGGACCCAAGCAUGGUGUGUGAAUACCAUGGAACCCAUGGUCACAGAACCGAGGAUUGUCGCCAGCUAAGAGAUGAGGUAGCCCGGUUGCUGAAGAAUGGUCAUCUCCGAGAAUUGCUGAGUGAACGAGCCAAAAGUCACUACAAGGAAAGGGAGACUCAUAAAAGGGCCGAGCCAGUAGAACCCCAGCAUAUAAUCAACAUGAUAGUUGGGGGUACCGAUGCCCCUCGAGGGCCGGUGAUGAAACGGGCCAAGGUUUCUGUUGUUCGCGAAAAACGCAGUCGGGAUUAUUUACCCGAGGGUUCUAUCUCUUUCAGCAACGAGGAUGCAAAAGGCAUCAUUCAACCGCAUAAUGAUGCAUUGGUAAUUUCUAUACUCAUCUUUAAAAUUUAGGUUAAACGUAUUUUGAUUGACCCAGGUAGCU